GGUACAGUCACUUUCAAGGCGUUCCUUCAACAGCGCCUAAGAACAACCAACGAAAAGUAAUAUUUUCCUGUAAAAGAAAAAUAGCUGCUGUAUUUUUAAAAAAAGUCUUGGAGACUUAGUGCUUGUCAUGCAUCGUAUUGCUAUUAUAUUAGUGGGUUUGGCCAGCCUAGUGGCCAGUGGUGUUAUAAUGGAUCGAGGUGGACGAGUGGGUCUUAGUGCUAAUAUUGGUUUGGGUGUGCAGACAAUGCAGGGUAUAAGAGCAGGAGUUGGUGGUGGUAUUGCAGGAUCUGGUGUGGUUAACACUUUAACCAAAGAUGAAUUAUUGCGUCAAAAAUUCAUUUUGGAUGUUUUACAUCAGGUCUAUAUGCCCCUGCAGCAACAAGAGUUGUUAAUGUUGGACGAUCGUAGCCAAGUUACCAAUGAGGAUCUCUACCAGCGUCCUUUAACCCAAGAAAUGCACAUGGUUCUGGACAUGUUGCGCAGCCAACAAAUGCUGGGCAAACAAACCAUUUGCCGCAUCAAUAACGAAAUACAUUUGCAGCAAAUGUUGGGCCUCUACAGACUUUUGGUGACUGCCCGCGAUUUCGAUACUUUCAAACGUUUGGUGGUCCAUGCCCGCCAAAACAUUAACACCGAAAUGUUUGUCAAUGCCUUGGUUUUGGCUUUGGGUGAACGCAGCGAUACCCAAAUGCUAAUUGUUCCCGCCUUGUAUGAAAUUUUAGCUCAAAUCUAUCAUAAAGAUCAAGUGAUUGAUGAGAUUGCUCAUGUUGACACUGGAGUGUCUUCAGUUAGACCCCAACUAAUGGAUGUUAUUGGUAUGCGCCGUCAGCAGGGACUUUGGAACUCUCGUAUGCAGGAGCAACAGGGUGGUUUAUUGGGUGUCCUGAAUAGAUCUCAAUUGUGGAUGCCUUGGCGUGAAUUCCACAAGCAAAUGGCUUGGCGUAAAAUGGUGGGUGGUGGUAAUGUUGUGCAACAGGAUGUUAACCAAAUGGAUAAAAUGGUUAUUCCUCUGCCCGGCAAUGGCUUGUUGAGUGAAGAUGUCGGCCUUAAAGCUUAUGUGAAUUUACUAAUCGAUGAAUUGAUUGUGAACCAAGAUGUUAUCAGAGACUCCAACAGAAACCAAAGAAUUGGAAUGGGUGGUGUAGGACGUGAUACUAAUGAACGUGGCAUUUGGGGUAAUAGAGGACGAAUUAAUCAGGAUGAUAACCUAGGUGGAUUGGGAAGAAAUCGUGGUGUUAAUGAUGAAGACUAUUUGAGCAACCAACAAGGCAAUAUUUUGGGUGGCAGACAAGGCAUCAAUAGCGAUCGUCUAUUGUUUGUAGGCCGCCGUCAACGUGUUGAUGAUGAUCAGCUCAAUCGUGAUAGUAUUGAAGGCAGAAGACUUGGCUUGGAUGUUGAUGAAUUGAAUAGAAACCGUGGUAUUAAUGCAGGCAGAAGACUAGGCUUGGAUAAUGAAGAUGAUUUGACUGGAAAUCGUGAUAUUAAUACAGGACGCAGACAUGGCUUAGAUAUAGACAUUGAACAUGCUAUGGAUAGAAAUCGUGUUAUGUUAGGAGGUAGAAGACAGGGCAUCAACAAAGCUGAAUCCGAUAUCCAUAAUAUUUAUGGUGGAUACAACAACGACCAGCUAAUUUCGGGAAGAGGUCUUAGAAAUCGUUUGGAUCUGGAUAACGGACAAGGUGUGGGAGUACGUAACCAGCAAGAAGGUCAAAAUGGCAUUAACACUGUCAGUGUAAACGAUGCUCGUUUAUUGUUUGUGGGCAGACGUCGCAAGAAUCCCAACAAUGUGGUAGAUACAAGCGGCCGCAAUAAUUACAAUGAUAAUGAUGAGAUCUCUGGUGGACGUCGUGUUGCCAAAGAAGGCAAGGAUAAUAAGGAAGGACGUCAAUGGAAUAAGCAACAACAACAACAAGAUGAUGACGAGAAUACUCUUUACGAUAUCAGAAGACUCAACAAUGAGCGUUUAACAAAUAGUGAGCGUUACAUUAAUGUCAAUAGACGUGGCAUGAUGUGGGACCAGAAUAAUGAUGAUGAGGAUAAUUUGUAUUCGAACUUGAACCGUGGCAGGAAUGAUAUGAAUGGCAAUUCUCGUUAUCAGCAAAUGAAUUCAGAUGUCUAUGGCCAAGGACAAGGUUUAGGCAGAGGCAUGGGUAAGGGUCGUGAUGAUUUCCUAAACGUUGUCACACGCGGUGGCCUCGGACAAAGACAAUAUUAUGAUCAGGAUCAGGAUUUAAUGUUCAAUCAUGGCAAUAUGGGACAAUAUAAUCGAGAGAGCUUAGAUAUGCAUUUGCCCACCACCAGCAUCAAUGAUGAGCGUUUGUUGCACAUCAACAGACACAAACUCAGCAAUGUGGAAGAAGGACGUCGUGUCAAUAACAGACAAGGAGAUUUUGAUGAUGAUGAAGAUCGUUCUCAAAGUGGCCAGCAAAGAGGCAAAUAUAACCAGGCUGGCUCUCGUUUAGAUGAACAAUCCAACUGGCAACGCAACUCCUGGGCAAUGAAUCGUCAAGGCUACCAAAACAGUCGUGAUAAUGAUAAUGACAACAGCAAACGUGGCCAAAAUCGUGGUAAAGACAAUAACAGUGGCUAUCGCUACAGACGUAGUCUCCUCAAUCAAAAUCAACAGUUAGACAACGACAAUUCCAUCAGUGGUAAAUUAUUAUUGCACACCUUACAACAAUUAGUAGCGCGCCUUAAUGUGGAACGCAUCGCCUUGGGACAACCUCAAUUAAUUGCGAAUAACCAAAAUAAUCUAGGUCGCGGCCAGCUUUUUAACAAUUUGCGAGGUCAAAUAUCCCUUAACCGCAAUGAUAUACAAGGUGUUGAUGUACAAACAGCCAAUAAAAUUGAAGAGAUUAUCCAGCGCAUUGACAAUGUUUUGCAACAAAGAAUCGGUGAUAUUUCCGUAAUGUCCUACAAUCAGAAAGUCAAUGAAAUUGGUCUCUUAUUGGCCGGACAAAUUCAAGAUAUCGGCUUAAUACAAAUCUUGGCAGAGAUUCAGCAACAGGGCAGUCUUCAGCAGCAGCAACGUAAAGGUCAGGUUGCCAAUAUUUUGGAAAAUCAAGCAGCUCAAAUACUUUUAGCCGGCAUUGUGAAGGUGAUUGAUAAUAAGGUGCAACAGGUGUAUAAACAGCGUGAGGAGUUCAUUUCCACUGUCCGUGGUGUUACCAUCAACCAUGUAGAUGUUGAUCAAUUGCAAACCUAUUUGGAACAUGCCGAAAUUGAUCUCAGCAAUUUGCUAAAGAACAAUUUGGAUCAAGCUAAAGAAGUUGUGGGACGUGUGCCACGUCUUAAUCACAAAAACUUUAACAUUGAAGUUGAUGUCAACUCUGAUCGCCAGCAGCAGGUGGUGGUGCGUAACUUAUUGGUGCCCAAAGUUGAUGGUCUGGGCAAUAUUAUACCCCUGCAGCAAAGACGUCAAAAUGUCAUAGUUUUGGAUAUAACCACAGUUGAAUUGCAGCCAGGCCACAAUCUGUUAACCCUCAGAUCGAAUGAUAUAACCAUGACUGCCCGCGAUACCACUCCUCUUACACAAAUCUAUCAACAUGUCAUGCAGGCCUUAAAUGGCAACACUAUAUUGCAACAGGAUAUGUUGGUGGGUCAAACCAAUAAGUUGCCUCAUCGUCUGUUGUUGCCUCGCGGCCGCAUCAAUGGCUUACCCAUGCAAUUGAUUACCGUUAUCACCCCUGUACAGAGAUCCGCUGGCAUUAUGACACUUCAUAGAGGCGAUGGCUUGGAUACUUUGCUGCUCGAUCGUUUGCCUUUGAAUUAUCCUUUGCACUGUGAUAUCACCGAUCUUGACCGUGUGGUCUCGAUGCCCAAUCUAAUGGUUAAGGAUGUUAAAAUCUAUCAUGAUGACAAUAUUAAAAUGCCUCUUAGCCAUUUGUACUAAAUAAUUGAAUGAAUGCGAUGACGACAACUGAAAGUGAUUACUGUGUCUGUGCUCUUGGACUUGAUUCCCUCCUCCCCCGAUUAUUUUUAAUUUCUUAAUAUAUAUUUUUGUUUAAUUUGAUUAAGUGUUUGCAAUAAAUGCCAUAAAAAAGCAUAA